AUGCUGCACACGGAGGGCCACGCUCUGCUGCGGGCCGUGGGGCAGGGCAAGCUGCGCCUGGCCCGCCUGCUCCUGGAGGGCGGCGCCUACGUGAACGAGGGCGACGCCCAGGGGGAGACGGCGCUGAUGGCGGCCUGCCGGGCCCGCUACGACGACCCCCAGAGCAGGGCGCGCAUGGUGCGCUACCUGCUGGAGCACGGCGCCGACCCCAACAUCGCCGACCGCCUGGGGCGCACGGCGCUCAUGCACGCCUGCGCGGGGGGCGGCGGCGCCGCGGUGGCCGCGCUGCUGCUGGCCCACGGCGCCGACCCCUCCGUCCGCGACCACGCGGGCGCCUCGGCGCUGGUGCACGCGCUGGACCGCGGCGACCGCGAGACGCUAGCCACGCUGCUGGACGCCUGCAAGGCCAAGGGCACGGAGGUCAUCAUCAUCACCACCGACACGUCGCCCUCGGGCACCAAGAAGACCCGGCAGUAUCUCAACUCGCCGCCGUCCCCGGGCGUGGAGGACCCGGCCCCCGCCGCGCCCAGCCCGGGGGCCUGCACGUCGCCGUCGGACAUCCAGCUGCAGGCCGCCGGGGGGGCGCGCGGGCUGCCGUCGCCCCGCACGCAGGAGGAGGAGGAGAAGCGGGACGUGUUCGAAUUCCCGCUCCCCAAGCCCCCCGAGGACCCUUCCCCGUCCGAGCCGCUGCCGAAGCCGCCCCGCCACCCGCCCAAGCCGCUCAAGAGGCUCAACUCCGAGCCCUGGGGCCUGGUGGCCCCGCAGCCGGCCCCGCCCGCCGACGGGAGGCUGGGCAUGGAGCGCCUGGCCGCCGACUUCAACGGCCUGGCGCUGGGCGGCCGGCCGCGGCUCUCCCGGCGGCACAGCACCGAGGGCGCCGAGGGCCCGCCCCCGUGGGCGGAGAGAGCGGCGGGCGGGGGCGCCCUCUCCCGGCGGAACACCGCGCCCGACGCGCCGGACGCCGGCCCCCCCUCCGGGCUGCGGCACAAACUGAGCCGCUUGGAGCAGCCGCUGGAGCUCGACUUCCCCGACCCGCCCGAGGCCGGCCGCCCGGCGCUGGAGCGGCGCCGCUACAGCGCGUCCCCGCUGCCGCUGCCGCCGGCCGGCUCGGCGCCGUCCCCGCGCCAGUCCCAGGAGAGCCUGCCCGGGGCCGUGUCCCCGCUGAGCGGGCGCCGGCGGAGCCCGGGGCUGCUGGAGCGCAGGGGCUCGGGCACGCUGCUCUUGGACCACAUCUCGCAGACGCGGCCCGGCUUCCUGCCGCCGCUCAACGUCAACCCGCACCCGCCCAUCCCCGACAUCCGCCCGCAGCCCGGAGGCCGCGCGCCGUCGCUGCCCGCCCCUCCCCAGGCGGGGGCGCCGGGCUCUCCCAGGACCAAGCGCAAGCUGGUGAGGCGCCACUCCAUGCAGAACGAGCAGAUCCGCCUGCUCGGGGGCUUCCAGAGUCUGGGCGGGCCCGGGGAGCCGGGGCGCUGA